AUGAGCAACUUCUGCCUGGCUGGCUCCUUCUCGUUUGGUGGAGUGCUGGCUGACCAGCUUGCCGCUGAGGACGCCGACCUCACCUUCACCAAGACUCAGAUCUCGUGGGUCGUGUCUAUCGCCAGCAUCGGCAGCAUGCUGGGCUUCGUCGUCUCCAGCUACGCCAGCCCGCGGUUGGGCGCAAUCCGGAUUGUGCAGCUCUUCUCGCCGGCAGUGCUGGCCGCCUGGGUCAUGAUGGCUUUCAGCCCAAACUUCUGGACCCUGCUAGCCAGCCGCGUUUUAGCUGGCCUCUUCAACGGCGUGUGUGUGAGCCCGGCCGUGGCCUACAUGGGCGAGGUGUCCUCUGCGCGUAUCCGCGGCUACCUCACCGCCGUGGCGAUCGUCAGCGGCUGCGUGGGCGUCCUGGUCUCCUUCCUGUUCGGCUGGCUGUUCCUGAUGUCGCUGCUGCUGCCCCGCUCCGCCAAAUGGCUCAUCUCCAAGGGUUUUCCCGAGGAGGAGGCCAGGCAGUCGCUGCGCUUCUACCAAGGGGACGGCUUCGACGUGGACGGACAGAUUCGCGAGAUUCGCGCGUCCCUCGGCGCCGCCCACAAGCACGACGCCUCCGUUUUGGAGGUGCUCUGCCUUCUGCGCCACCGGCAGAACCUGAUCCCCUUCCUGCUCGUGCUCGCCAUGUACACUUUCUUCGUGUUCUCGGGCGGCUCAAGCACGUCCUCGUUUGCGCCGGUCGUGUUCCGCGACCUGGGUGGGUUUGAGGACCCGUACCUGGGCUCCAUUCUGGCCGCCACCGUCCGCGUCAUCUCCACCAGUGUGGCGAUGCUCAUCAUGGACCGCGUCGAGCGGCGGACGCUCCUGAUGGUCAACGGUAUCGGUGGGGCACCCGGCUGCCUUGUCAUCGGUCUGUCGUUCGUCUACAAGGCUGAGCUGGCCAACCACGCCUGGGUGCCGCUGCUCGCCGUGCUCGUCGUCGUCUGCCUCAUGUCCCUCGGGAUCUGUACGGUGGUGUUCGUCAUGUUGUCAGAACUGCUGCCCAACGCCAUCCGCGCAGAGGUCGGCGGCGUGUGCCUGCUCUUCUUCGGCGCCGCCAACUUUGUCAUGUUGUACUCGUUUCCACUAGCCAUCUCGAGGCUUGGCACCCCAGCUGUGUACUGGUUCUUCACCGGCAUGCACCUACUUCUGUUCGCGUUCGGCAAGGUAUGCCUGCCCCGCACGCGGGGCAAGUCCCUGGAGGAGAUUCAGAAGAUGUUCAUGAAGAACGCCGUGCUCGAGGUCAACGAGCCAGCCAGCACCCAAGUGGAGACGAACAAGACCAGCGACUGUACAAAGUUGUGA